UGGUUGACCCGACCCUUUACACAUUGGGUCGGAUGGAAGUUUCCAGUGCAUUAGCCUUCCCUUCCGAUUUCGCUAGACUCGCUCUAAUUGCAACUGAGGAGAAGGCUCCUAUUUAUUCAUACUCGCUUUCGCACGUGUCCGCGUAACAGCUAUCCUCAAUAGAUGGAGUAGCAUUCUCCAUUCGGCGGGAUCGUAGUCUCAAACUCCAUAGACACUCUCUGCUUCUCUCUCUCUCUAAUUUCAGGUAUAAAAUUUGUGUUGAGCUUCCGGGUUUCCAUCUUCGUCUGCCCAUUUCUUUCUCAUGGCGGUGGAUAAACUUCUUAAAGAUGAAGCAACAGAAGAAAAGGGCGAACGGGCUAGAAUGGCAUCUUUUGUUGGAGCAAUGGCAAUUGCUGACUUGGUGAAGACAACUUUAGGGCCUAAGGGAAUGGAUAAAAUUUUGCAAUCAACUGGCAGAGGAAACAGUGUUAUGGUUACAAAUGAUGGGGCCACAAUCUUGAAGUCCCUCCAUAUUGAAAACCCAGCUGCUAAAGUCCUUGUUGACAUUUCGAAAGUUCAGGAUGAUGAGGUCGGUGAUGGGACAACAUCAGUAGUUGUUCUGGCUGGGGAGCUUUUAAGGGAGGCGGAAAAGUUGGUGGCUACAAAGAUUCACCCAAUGACAAUAAUUUCAGGUUACCGGUUGGCAGCUGAGUAUGCUCGCAAUGCUUUGCUACAGAAAGUUAUGGAUAAUAAAGAGGAUGAAGAGAAAUUCAAGUCAGACUUGAUGAAGAUCGCAAUGACCAGUUUGAGUUCAAAAAUACUCUCUCAGGAUAAGGAGCAUUUUGCGAAACUGGCUGUUCAUGCUGUAAUGAGGCUAAAAGGUAGCACAAACUUAGAGGCCAUCCAGAUUAUUAAGAAGCCUGGAGGAUCACUAAAAGAUUCAUUCCUAGAUGAGGGAUUUAUUUUAGACAAAAAGAUCGGAAUUGGCCAACCCAAGCGCAUCGAGAAUGCAAAGAUCUUGGUGGCAAAUACUGCAAUGGAUACAGAUAAAGUUAAAAUCUAUGGAGCACGUGUUCGUGUUGAUUCUAUGUCUAAGGUUGUGGACAUUGAAGGAGCUGAAAAGGAGAAAAUGAGAGAAAAGGUGCAGAAGAUUAUAGCUCAUGGGAUUAACUGCUUUGUUAAUCGACAGUUGAUCUACAAUUUCCCCGAGGAACUGUUUGCUGAUGCAGGAGUACUUGCUAUUGAGCAUGCUGAUUUUGAUGGUAUUGAGCGCCUGGCUCUUGUUACUGGUGGUGAGAUUGCAUCAACCUUUGACAAUCCAGAGUUGGUUAAGCUUGGGCAUUGCAAUCUCAUCGAAGAAAUUAUGAUUGGUGAAGACAAAUUGAUCCACUUUUCUGGUGUGGAAAUGGGCCAAGCAUGUACAAUAGUAUUGAGAGGAGCGAGCUUCCAUGUGCUUGAUGAGGCUGAAAGAUCUCUGCAUGAUGCGUUAUGCGUGCUGUCUCAGACAGUAAAUGACAGCAGGGUUGUGCUUGGAGGUGGAUGGCCUGAGAUGGUAAUGGCAAAGGCAGUGGAUGAGCUGGCAAGGACGACUCCUGGGAAAAAGUCUAAUGCUAUUGAAGCUUUCUCGAGGGCUCUCUUGGCCAUUCCAACCACCAUUGCUGACAAUGCUGGUUUGGACAGUGCCGAGUUGAUUGCAAAACUACGUGCAGAGCAUCACAAAGAGGGAAGCCCUGCUGGGAUUGAUGUCAUCUCUGGAUCUGUAGGAGAUAUGGCAGAGCUGGGGAUUUCUGAGUCUUUCAAGGUAAAGCAGGCUGUAUUGCUCUCCGCAACUGAAGCUGCUGAGAUGAUUCUCCGAGUUGAUGAUAUCAUCACUUGUGCUCCACGGAAGAGGGAAGAUAGAAUGUGAAACUAAGUUUGUGUACUGGACCAAGGUAAAGGCAUAUGUUGUAGUGCAAACUAGUUUGUGCAGUUUUUUUCAUUCACGUAGGCUCUUGUAUUAUAAUUGAGGGAUUGAAAAAUGUGUUGCAAUGCAAUUCGGUGAGGAAAUGUUUGUGGUUUUGUUUUUGAUUCUGUUUGAAUAGAAGUGUAGUAUGUGGUACUUUUAACUUGUUUCUUGGUGGACUUUUUCUCGUAAUUGCUUCAAAAAAGUUGGCAGUGGCAAAAUGAAGACACCCGCUUCUCUCCGGCACUAUAUCGAGUUCUAUUCUUUCAGAAGGCUCAUUUACUUGUUUAGGGGCAAUUGGUAUGCAUGGG